CAUAGUAGGAUGUCAUCCAUAAAAGAAGGCCAGUUAAGGAUAAAUUAGUGAUAUUUAGUUAAGCCACUAAGAGAUUAAGGCUAUGUACAAGCAUCGGUCGAGACAAAAGACGUGGAUGAGGUAUGUUCAAGCCUACCAAGGCCAAGCCACCAUUGGAAGGUGUGACCUAAAACAACAACGAGAAGAUACUCAACAGAGGUUGGUGACCAAAUAUAGUACGAUCAACAACAGGAGAGUUGUAGUUUAGUGGUAGUAAAAGUAAAGAAGCAAGAAGAACACCGUGGGAAAUUAUAGAAAUUUUUUUUUGGCGAUGUAUGCAUCAAGGAAGAUAGAAAGACGGGCGGAAGCAUGAGUACAACAGACAACAAGAAAGCAUUAGGUUGACCACCAAGUAGAGAACAACCGAUCCAUAGGAAGUCCAUAGAGAUAUUUCAGUCAAUUUUUAAGGUGGAAUCAUGAUCGUCAGGAAUAGUCGAAGGGAGAACCUUAUCGAUCAUGGUACAAGAGUGAGAAGUGAAAAUAGGGACCUAGAGGACUACAUCGAGAACAAGGAACAUCAAGAAGAAGAGUCAUGAGUAAAGAAGUAAGUGGGAUAUGAGUUUAGGGAACCUGCUAGGAUACCCCAAAGUGAAACUAAGAUCGCCUAUGUUGGUAAAAGGUGUCAAUCUCUCGGGUAAAACCUUAUUGGAAGGGGAAACAGUACGAGGAGUUCCAGCUUGGGUCUAAGAGUGGUAGAAUGGAUAUUACGGGAACAUAAAAUUCAAGCAGCGAUAAGUAAGUGCUAAGUUAGGCGCCAGGAGUGAACAAGUAAGCCAGAGAGAAUGCUAUGAUUCUUGAAAGGAAUCAUAAAGUUGAUCACAAGCUAGAGAAAGAUGCAAAGGAUGCCUCUAAUGCAUAUAGAAAGUAAAAGCAGUAGUAUGAGGUUUUGGAGCUAAGCAACAUGUAACGAGGAGAUGACCAUUCAGUCGGUGGCUAAAGGGAGAGACAAAGAAUCUUGGAAGAACGUAAGAGAUUCAAAGUCAGAAGGUUCAAGGACCUAGGUGAUCUACGUGGUCAACCACAGAUGAGCUUAUGUUAAAAGAGUUUUGCGAUAUAACAAGAUGGAGGUUAAGCCACCAUUAGCAACCUUUGGGUUGAAAGGGGUAUUAAGAACGUCAAUAGGGAUGUGUAAGGGAUUUUCUCUUGUUAAAGGAACCAUAUAUGGUGAAUCGGGCGUCAAGUUGUGCAUCAAGGGGAGCUACUAAGCAAGGUUAUAAUGAGGUAUAUAUAGGGGGGGGGGGGGGAAAGCAAUACCCAGGGAGCGACCUAUGAGUAAGCCAUUAACCAAGUCACGCAUUCGCUAUGGACAUCCAUGUUAGGGAAUUCAAGUGGAGAUGUGAACAUACAAUAUAUGGAAAGCGUAGUAGUUCAAGGUCUGAGCACCUUAUGAAAUGAAGUUACGACGGGUCAUAUCCUGAAUAGGGCUGUCUAAGAAUUUAUUUCCUUAAUGGUUCUUAAGAAAUCCGGAGUAGAGACCCAAGACAAAUAGUGAGGACAAUAUGAGCUAUGAAGCCAUUACACCAUCAGAGGCAUUUAAGAAGGGAUAGUGCCAUGGACGCAUUAAGCAAGUAACUAGCUUGAGCAAGAGAUUUAUCAAAAGUGGGUGAGUAAUUAGUUGGCCAAGAACCACACAAAUCGGAGGAAAGGGUUCAUAGCUCAAGGUCGUAUAAGGUAAAGGAAGUAUAAGACCUUGCAGCAGACAGAUUGCCUCAAGUGAGACUUUAGGUUAUCAACAAUGAACAAAUUUCAAGGUCGAAAUUUUUCUUAAGGAGGGAGGAAAUGUGACACCUCGAAUUCGAUCUAAGGUUAAAAAACAAGUACUGAAUGGGCGGGACCAAUAAAUCGACUCGAAGUGUUGUCCCGUCACGCUUUAUGCCCAAGUGGGGAAUCAAAAAGGAUUAGUAGCCACCCAAAGCUACCCGAUGCCAACGAACUUGGUGAGAAUCCCUUACAUGGUCAAGAGGAAAUAUAAGAAGUGAGGUAAACUAUACGGGACAAGCAACGAACAUCGGACAAGCAACGGACAUCAUCGAAGUACAUUUAGCUAGAGCAAAUUCUUGAGGCAAGGAAGUACAAAGAUGGUGUAGAAUGAGCAAUGAGUUUCAAGCAAAUUUCGGGGACGAAAUUUUUAUAAGGGUGGAGGAAAUGUUACACCCCGACCUUUGGGUUCACGUUCGACCGUAAUACGUGAACAGUUCGAUCGACGGUUACGUACGGAGGGUUUCAAUCAUGGGUUAAUUUAUAAUAAUAAUAAUAAUAAUAAUAAUAAUAAUAAUAAUAUAAACUAUAUUAUUAUUAUUAUUAAAAAAUAAUGGAAGAAAACGCUCUCCUUGGCAGCUCUCGGCCUCAACUCCACUUUACCCUAGCAUAUAUAUAAUUAUAUGCAGAAAAAUCACAGCCGAGAAACUCAAUUAUCCCCCCCCCCCAUUUCUUUUCCCUUCCCUGCACGACCCCGAGCAGUGAACCACCCAACCCAUCUCGUUUCCAGACUCACAAAUAGCAACAGGGAAGCAAGAAAGAAUACGAGGCGGUGAUUUGAGGGAGCUGUGGCGGUGGGUGAAAGGCGUUUGGACAACCGCCAGGUCAUGUGUGAGGAGCCAACGAUGGAAGUUUCGAGGCCGGAAAGGAGUGUCUCGAGCAACCAGGUGUCGCUGCGUCGUUAGCGUUUGUGAUCCAACUCGGAACGUUGGUUGUAUCGACGGGAAGGAGGAAAUCGAGAUGAGAGCGAUGGUGAUCGACCAAUCGGAACCGAUAAUCCGCAAGCUCACGAGACAUAAGAGCGAUGGAGGGAUCUUCGUUGUUGAGGCGAUCCAUGUAAGCAAGGUCGGGAUCAAGUUUGGAGUUCGUCAGAGGAGUCACCGGGAAGUGACGCCGACGAACACGACUUUGAAAACGUUGGCGAAAUUCAAAGUGGUGGGUAAAAUCGCGUAGAGGACGAUCUCAGGAUCGUUGCGGUGUUGACGGAAUCGUAUUUCGACGUCGGACGAUGGAGAAACGAGCAUCGAAAGGUUGGAGUGAAAGUCGGACAAAUUCAGGUACUGUUUGUGACAAUUCGAAAAGUUUAAUGACCAAAAUCGUAAUUUUUUGUCAGAAGUCCGAGUCAAUUGUGUUGACUGGAUAAUUUCAGUCUCGGUACCUGGAACUUUGAAAACUUACAGAAUAUUUGUUUUGGUCAUAACUCGAUCAAUUGACGUCCAAACGAGGAAUCGUCAGCGCCUAUGGAAUCGUGAGAACGAGGAUAAUUUAAUUGGAGCAAGUAUGGAAACUUUAGAGUAGAUUCAGAGUUGGUUUCGACGGAUUAGAGGUGAGUGUAAAGGGGGUAAAUUCUACGCCUUACGAUUUUUCAAGUAUUUACCUUGAGUAUUUUUAAGUAUCGAUUUACGUGAUGUAUGUGCAGUGAUUGAUUCCUGUUUGAGAUUGCAUGUUUAUGUUUGAUGGUAUGUGCUUUGGUUGAAUUAUGACUUGAGUGAAUGGUUGUUAUUUACCUUGAAAUUGUCCUGAGUAUAAGUUAUAGUUAAAGUUUAAGAACCAAGUUCUUUUUAAAGAAGUAACUGACCUUCAAGAAGGUGAAGUCGUUUUAAGUGUUUUUAGUCACUAGCGCCAGUCCGUUUCCUUUUGAGACAGUUUGAGAUAGAGCAGCAGUUAUGCUCUUGAGAUUUUUAAGAUGGGCAGCAGUUAUGCCCUUGAGAAUCGUGGUGAAGAGCCACCACGAUAAGUUUAAGAUGUUAGGGGGAUGAAUCGUUACGACUUCCCUAACUAAGUUUAAGUUUAAGGAAAGCCUAGAUGGCUUCUCAUACAUAUGAGUUAGCAACCGGACUAGCUAGUGAGGGAUCCCCGUGUCAAUCAAGUAUUUAAGUUGAGAUUUAAGCUUUAAGAAUGGAGAGUAACAGUUACUCCCAUACAGUUUUAAGAGUUAAGAUUUUUAAGAAUGGAAGUACAAACAACUUCCCUCAGUUUGAGUUUAAGUGUUUGAGAAGAAGUGCAAAAUUAUUAGAAAGUUCAAAACGUAAGGGCGUAGACUAACCCCAACUCACUCACCAGCCCUUAUUAAGGGAAUGAACGAGAACUAGUUCAGUAGCAGCUAGCUAGAGGAGCAGUUAGAGAGCAGCGAGUUCGAGAGGAAAAGUUCAAGGGCAGCUAGCUAGAGGAGAGCAGUAUAAGCGUCACGGAGGAUGCUUAGUCAAGGGCUUCAUCUCUAAUGCUUGGGACAACAAUUUCUAUAUCAACACAUAUAACUCAGGGUGGCGGAACCAUCCAAAUUUCUUAUGGUCAUCCCCAAGUAAUCCGAGACCCCCAAUUUCCAAGGACCAAAGGGGAAUUAUUAGGCAAGGCUUCCCUUCAUUUAACAAAGGCUGCAAUUUCAAGGAUCUAACUUCCAACAACCAUUCCAACCUCAAGGUGAUCAAGGGUUCCAACAACAACCCGAUAGGUUUGCAAAGGUUGAAGACCUAGCGACCACCUUUGUGAGAACGAGCACUCAAAGUUCGAGAAGAUUGUGCAAUUUAUGAUUGUGGAAACAACAAAGUUUUCUUUGGUUGAGACGGGAUUGAGAAGCCACCAAGCGAGUCUUCAAAACUUGCAGACUCAAAUCCACAACCUUGCCGGGAUCCUCACUGACUCGUGCUGACUAUCACAAUAAAAUCCCACCUAAGGUCCAAGUAUAAACCUUAGAUGGGUGCAAUAUAGGGUAAUUAUGUUUAAAUAUCAACCCGGGCUGACCCAUGUACCUCUACUUCGAUUGUUUGAAACAUUAUCUAGCGGAUAGUUUUGGUGCAAACAAAGAUCUAAAGCUAAAGUACUUUUCAAAGAGAAAUGGUUUUGACACUAAUUGAGAAGGCUUCACCCGGGUGUUGCUCCCCCUAGCUAGCAAUUACGACUUGGUGGAUAGAAUGGCCGUGUGUGGUGAGGGGGUUGUAAACCACAGUGAAGUCUAACAAGUAGCCAAAACUACCUGACACGCUAAAACAUAACACCAACUUGUGACCAAGUGCAACCGCAGAAUGGAAAUGCAGAAUAGUGGCAAGUUCAAUUUAUCAACCCGGGGUCUAGAUCUAUUGCCUACUCCGUGACUACCUUUUAUCUAGCGGGACUAAGUGUAGUGAGAGUGAUUGCAAACAAAAGCAGUAAGAAUGAGUCCCCCUAGCUCCUUAGUUAGGUCAAAGUAGUAAUUUCCUUUGGUUGAAUUAUGGUUGAUUAAACUGCGGAAGAUCCAACAAUAGCUUGGAAUCUCUUAAGCUGACCGAGCCCUCUCAGACAGACUACCCGACAGACGGCUCGUCUUCACCAGGAUAGAACGCUGAGGCAAUUAACACAAAACUCUACUACUAAAAUUGGAUUCCAGUACAAAGCAGUGAAUCAACUAACUCUCGUAUAACAGUUUCACUAUUACCGAUUGAAGAGCUCUAACAACCUAAUCCGAUUCUAUAUAUCUCAAGUUGCAGCAGAAAUCAAGAAAAGUUGAUCAGGCUUCAAUUUACUCAAUGAAUCAUGCAUCAAUCG